GAAACCACCGCAGUCGCCAUUUGAAACGCGGCGCUGAGACGUAAAAACAACAUGCGGCGUAUGCUGCUAUUCACGUUGGUUGUUGCCAUCGGAACCAUCGCGGUUGUCGCCAAGGAUGUGCCCACCCCAGAGAGUGCUAUCUCGCCUAACGUCGAUGUGCCUAUCGAAGAAGUGGUGCGUGAGGAAGCAGUUCUUGGAGGGCAGGUUCAUUUCGAUGGGUACACCGUCUAUCGGUUGCUUCCACAGGAGCCAAGUCAACUGCAGUACAUUGCCUCACUUGAAAACGAACAGGAUACGCCAUACGACUUCUGGAAGCACGCAUCCGAGUUGGGCCAGUAUGUUGAUAUCAAUGUUUCACCAUCAAACAAGGCAAGGUUCAACAAAGAAAUCGAAAGGCGAAAUAUCAGCUCGGCUGUACUCAUUGAAGAUCUCGAGCAGGAGAUUCGCAACGUGACCUCACAAAGCGCAAGUCCUGAGGACCCGACAGAUCGAAACCAGCACAAUUUCUUUCUCGAUUAUCGAAGUUAUGGCGAGAUGGGGAAAUACCUUGACCAGCUCGUCUAUAAAUACAACUCAAAAGACAAGGGUCUUCUCGUGAAGAAGCACAAGAUUGGACUGUCGUCAGAAAAACGUGAUCUUCACGUUCUUGAGAUUACAACGGCGAGCAACAUCCUCAAAAAAAGCAUUUGGCUUGACUCUGGCAUGCAUGCGCGGGAAUGGAUUGGACCGCCAACAGUAAUGUACAUCGUUGAGGAGCUACUCAAAGGUUACAAGGUCGAUACCAACGUGACGGAUAUUCUUGACAAUUUUUCGAUUUACGCUAUGCCAGUGGUUAAUCCUGACGGCUAUGAAUAUUCACGUACGACGAACCGUAUGUGGCGUAAGACGCGCUCAGUACGUCGUGACUUCUCGUUCAACGGUUUCCUCGGUCGCUUCGGCGGCUGUGUCGGCGUAGACCCGAACCGUAACUUCCGUUUCCAAUGGGGAACUGCUGGAGCAUCAACGAAUUGUGCCAUGGACACUUAUGCCGGGCCAAGCGCCUUCUCUGAGCCGGAAACUCGGGCCCUUUCAGACUUCAUCUACAUUCGCCGUCAGGAUAUGCUCGCUUACCUUACGUUUCACGCUUAUUCGCAGUUGUGGAUGACACCUUGGGGAUACACGAACGCUCUACCUCCGAAUUAUAACCGCAUGAUCGAACUGGCCGAAAAAGCUACUAAGGCUUUGACAAAGGUGCAUGGUACCCGUUACAAAGUUGGGUCAUCGACCAACCUCUUAUACGCGGCCUCAGGUGGUUCAGACGAUUGGGCUUAUGGAGUUGCAAUGAUCCCUUAUUCGUACACAAUCGAACUUCGUGACGAUGGCCGUUACGGCUUCGUUUUGCCAACCUCGCACAUUAUUCCUACGGGAGAGGAAACUUGGGCUGGCGUCAAGGUCCUCAUGCAGGAGCUGAUCUCUCGAAAGGAUCACACUACGACGCCCUAGCGACCACAUCC